AUGUCUGAGGUUAAGCAGAGGAAAAGAGGUGCUGCUUCUUCCAAGACCAAUGAGGAUUCACAAAAGGCCAAAAAGGACAGUAAUCAUGGGAAGCUGGUAAAUCCCAGGACUAGCAAUAAUAGGAGUUCCUCUUGGAUAGACUCACGGUCAGCCUUGAGCCUGAUUUCUCUUGUCAUUUGCCUGGUGCUGAGCUGGCUCCUUUUUCAACAGUCAAAUCAAUUUGCUGAUAUGGAGAAAAAGUACAUUUUUUUACAGCAAGAAGCUGAAAAAUUCUUGGACAUGGGAAAUAAAGUUAAUUUAAUUUCUGAAAAGUGUGAAAAGACUUGGAACUUAAUGGAACAGCUGGAAAGUCGUCAAUUAAUUUCUCACGUUAAGCAAUUCCAGGAAGAUAUAUAUACCAUGAAAACAUGGUCUAGCAGCUUAAUUCAAAAAGAAGAAGAACUGCAGAAGAAUUUAACAAGCCUUUUUCAUGCAGUUGCAAGUAUUGAAGAGAAUACAGCUUCUGUAGCAAAAAAUAUAACUUUGAAAAUAGUGACAGUAAAAACUGACAUAAGGCGCAUUUCAGGCCUGGUUUCAGAUAUGUCUGCUUUGACAGAUUCUUUACAAACACUAGAAGAUAAAGUGGAUAAAGGUGAAAAAAAGACAGUAGAAAACAUAGGUGACCUGCUUUCCAGUAGCAUUGACAGAAGUGCAAAACUACAAAGCUUGGCAUCCAAUAAUGCAAGAAGAAUUGAGCAAAUUAAGGCAGCCUUAUCAGAAUUAAGGAAUGAUUUUAACAAAAAUUCAGAUAGGCUUUUGAAUCUUGAAAGUGACAGAGUAAAGGUGCUGAAGACAGUUACAUUUGCAAAUGAUUUAAAACCCAAGAUGUACAAUCUAAGGAAGGAUUUUGCCAUCUUGGAACCUUUGUUAAAUGAUCUAACACUGAGAAUAGGAAGAUUAGGUGAGGAUGUACUACAAUGGGAAAAAGAAAUUGCUUUAUUGAAUGAAAAAGUGACAAAUUUAACAAGAGGUCAAACUGAAAUCAAAGACAUGAAAGAUGAAGUAACCAAGAUUUCAGACGUGAAUUGAUGGCUGUGAAAUGGCACUGCCU